ACAAGCACAGCCACUAAACUUUAGCCAAUAGUGUAGGUAGCUGGACGGUUUGGUGUGUGUUAGCUUGGUGAAAAUAGCUUAGUUAACCUAACAGAUGUUGUUUUUAUAUCCUUAAGUCAUUUGGUUUACAGCGACUCACCUUACCGACGACAAGAAGGAAGAAACGGCACAUGAUAAAUCGUGUGGACCUGUGCCCGUGCCAGUCAUGGCAGGUGGAAUUACAGAGACGGGGGAGCCCUACUCUCCAUUUGUGGGGUUGGUGUACAUGUUUAAUCUGAUCGUAGGGACAGGUGCUCUAACCAUGCCCAAGGCGUUUGCUACAGCUGGUUGGGUGGUCAGCAUGACGCUGAUCUGCUUCCUAGCAUUCAUGAGUUACAUGACAACCACGUUUGUGAUUGAGGCCAUGGCAGCAGCCAAUGCUCAGCUGCGCUGGAAGAGGAGAGAGCAUGAGGAGGUUGAUGACAACGACUCCACCUCAGAGUAUUCAGAUGAUGAUGUCAUUGUCAAGGGUCGGUCAGAGCCAGAGACGAGACCCAUCCUGUCCGUCCAACGAUCUGGAGGGCAUGUUGAUCACUUUGACAUUGUGGAGAGGGUUGAGAUGGGUCAGAUGGCGUCCAUGUUCUUCAACAAAGUUGGUGUCAACAUGUUCUACAUCUGCAUCAUAGUCUAUCUGUAUGGAGACCUGGCCAUCUACGCAGCUGCUGUACCAAUAUCACUAAUGGAAGUUGCCUGUGGGAACCACUCGUGCAGCGCUGGAAGUGUAAAGUACAACGACACAGAUCCAUGCUGGGGUCCUGUCACAAGGAAAGAUGCUUACAAGGUGUUUCUGAGCAUCUUCACUCUACUCCUGGGCCCGUUCACCUUCUUCAAUGCCCAGAAGACCAAGUACCUUCAGAUCCUCACUUCACUCAUGCGCUGGAUCGCUUUCACCAUGAUGAUCAUCUUGGCCCUACUCCGCAUCGGCAAAGGUCGAGGCGAGGGAAACCCACCUGUGGCCUCAAUCUCUGGGGUCCCCAACCUGUUUGGAGUAUGCGUCUAUUCAUUCAUGUGCCAGCAUUCUCUCCCAUCCCUGGUGACACCCAUCUCUGACAAGAAACGUGUGGGCACCCUGCUGCUUGCGGACUACGUCCUCAUUAUGGGUUUCUAUGUCCUCCUCUCCUUCACUGCUAUUUUCUGUUUCGACAGCUCCCUAUUGCAUGACAUGUACACACUGAACUUCACAGACAACUGUGAUGUCCUUGAUAUUCCGGCUCUCCGCUACUUCCUGGGGCUGUUCCCCGUCUUCACCAUAAGCACCAACUUCCCCAUCAUCGCUGUCACGCUGCGUAACAACUGGAAGACCCUGUUUCACCGUGACGGGGGCACCUACCCUUGGCUGGUGGACCGCAUCAUAUUCCCUCUCAUCACCCUGGUGCCCCCCAUCCUUGUGGCCUUCUGCACCCACAACCUGGAAUCGCUGGUGGGUAUCACAGGGGCUUAUGCCGGGACAGGCAUCCAGUAUGUCAUCCCAGCUCUACUGGUGCACUAUGGCAGACGCCACCUAGAGCCUGUGAUGGACAGGGAUGCCGUCAACAAGCACCAGUCCCCAUUCCGUCACAGUUUCUGGGUGUGGUUUGUUGUAGUGUGGGCCAGCUUCUGCCUCAUGUUUGUCACAGCUAAUAUUAUCCUGACUGAUACCAAGAAAUGAAAAGGACUCCUUUUCGUUAAACUUGGUUUUUUUCUGUAUCUGGUCAGUGUCCUCUCUCUUUUGUUCCUAUAUCUGAGGCCUUAAUGAAAUUGCUACAGGUUAGACAGUGUGCCUUUUUUCUUGGGACUCUUGUAGCAUGUAAAUUAAUUGUAAUUAAGAGUAAUUUAUCGAUCUUGUUGAAAGGGACCAAAAAUGACUAUGGUCUGGUGUUAAAGCUGGAACCGUAUAUAAGGGAUAAGAAGUGGGAGGGUUCUUAAUGAACUUAAGAUGGACAAUCUAAGGUUUUAGCAAGGUUUUGCACUUCUACAGCAACAUUUUUUUUUAGUUUUUUUUUUUUAAUGAAUCCAAAUGUUAUGGCUGACAGCAGAUGUUUGACUUGUAUAUCAUUUCAUUCAUAAUUUUCACAUGCUUACUUUAAUUCCCAAAAUAAACUGUGGAGGGAAACGGCUAGAGCAGGGCUUAAUGUCCCACCCGACUUUCAUAACGGAAUGUUCUAGCAAGGUAUGGCUUGGACAGGUUUUAGCAACUGAAAGAGCAGAGUAGGAAAGUUGAAAAAGAGUCUGUCGGACGAAUGCUCCUGUUUGAUUGUAAAAUACUGCCACCUCUACACAGCUUGAUAAUGAAGUCAGAAUAGAAGCUAACAGGAGAAAAGAAAAAGAAUGAACCGGGAAUAAUCUGUCUCUCAUGGCUGACAUAUACAUUCUUCAUUGGUGACGCCUCCAGUCUCGUCUUCCCCCCCGUGAACAAUGAAGCUUCAUCUACGACAGAUCCACUGACAGAUAGAUCUAGAGGAUGACUUCCAUCUCUGUUUAUCACCAGACUCUUACAUCGGUAGUUCAACCACAAGACACAAAGCACGCCUCCCAUACUGCUUAACACCAAUGUAUGCCUCUAAAAAGACCCUCAUACCACCUAAAAUCUUUCAGGCAAAUCUCUGCAAUAGUUGAACUUUGACCCAAAGGCUGUUUUUGGUAGACCCCAAGCAAAAGGUUAGUGAGGUUCAUCUCAAGCUGCUGCAUGUACCACUUGGUGAUGAAUCUCGUCCCAGUCCCCACAGCAGUUUGUAAUGAGAAUUUCUCAGCUAGAUGAUUUGCUGUCAGCUCUUUUAAAUACAAUGUCAUUGCAGUUACCUGCUUUACUUAAGCUCAUUCUGUUUGAAGCCCCGGGAAAUGUAAUUUUACCAUUAAGAUAUAGCAGCGUCUCCUUUGGACUUGUGUCAUUGCCUUAUGUUAAUAAAUACUGUUAAUACUUUUCUUCAUUUGCCCCUGGCUAUUUUAAAACGGUAUGCACCUCGCUUGUUUUUUUUUAAUUUUUUUUAAUUUGAUUUUAGUACUGAGGAGUAGAUCACUCUAAAACCAUUGUUGUUACUUUAAUUGGUAUGUCAGACCUUGAGGUGUAGGAUACCUUAUUGCAUGGUAAUUACUGCAUUAUGUAAGUGACGGAAUUGAGCCAUCACAAGCAGACUCACAGUAAAGAAAAAUUAAUAUUUAUCAACAUUUUGUAUCCAUGCAAUAUUGCAGAAGUUUGCACACCUUUUUCACAAAACGUGUAUCAUUUUGGUUAAUGGCCAUACGACUCAAGCGUACAAAAAGUUAUGUGGUAGUUCUCAGUGAUGCUCUACUGCCAUCUGUUUCUGGAGUGUCGCCGUGAAUUCAAAUGGCAUUUGACUAGCUUCUUAGACAGCUGUGUAGAUUUGCUUAGAGAGGUAUUAAGGCAUCAUCAUCAGUCACCGCAACGCUGCUUUAAAUAAAGGUUAGAUGUGCCAUUCCAUAAGCAUAUAUCGAUGUUGCAACUGCAGUUGCAUCUCAGCAUGGUACUGAAUCAUUGGAGUAUCCUUAAGAGUUGUAGAGUGAGGUACCUUUCUCUGUUGUAAUCAGUGUUUGUCCAGGAUGUACAAAGAGGAAUUAGUCUUCAUUUAAAGUACCUGUAUCUAACUAUAACCUUGUCUGUCAGCUUUUUUUUUUUUUUGAGAUUUUGUUUUGUUGGGGUGGGUGGAGAACAACAGCAACUGCAUGCAGCUACACUUUAAAUAUCACUUCACCUUUGUAUUCACAAGUUUACUUUCCUGCUCUUGUGUACUGUUCAGUUUUGUUCAACUCUGCCUGAUAUGGGAAAAAAGGAUUCUCUGUCCUCAUCUGAGGUGGUGUGCUCUGUCAAAAUGUAAGAAUAAGAAUAAAUGAGACCAAGGAUUUUUUGAAGUUUAAGGGAAAUUGUUCAGAGAUAAAAUAAAUGUUUUUUUGGAAGAGAGAGUUGGUGCAUAUUUGGCUUUGGACAUAGAUGGUAUAAUGACUCUUGUAGAGAGUUUGGUGAAGGUGCCUUUUAUUUCCUUGGGUUAUUUGUCACCCUGAACAUUCUCUCUCUCUCAUCCUCUCUUUUAUAAAGCAACUUGCCAGAUAACAUCGGCAUGUAAACCAUUUCAUUUAACUGACAAUCAGCAUUUCCCCCAAAAAAGAACUUGAUAAUCCUUUGUUGUGUUCUUUUUGUGGUUUGUUUUGCUUGUAUUUAUGUGGGUCUUUGUGAUCUUGAGACACCCUCCAUACACAGACACAGACACACACUAGCACACACACACACACACACACACACACACACACACACACACACACACACACACACAUGGUCUUUACUGUGUUGUAUUUUGCUGACAGUGGUUUGAGUUGAUUUGGUCCUGCCUGUAAUUCAUUGAUCUACACAUCAAUGUUUAAAUGCACCAUCACCUGUUUUGGUUUAUUUUUUGUGUUUCACAAAGAAAAUAAAAAGCAUUG